GUCAUGUGUUGACCUGAGGCCUGUAUUUUUGAUAACCAGAAUGUGACGAUAAUGUAACAUAUGACUAGGGCUGUGUGCCAUAUUAUUUUUGAGUAUCUUUUGUUUACUUUUUGUUGUGUCGGCCUGUGAGUUGAUGGCCAUUUAUUUUUCUCAUGUAAAUAAACUUUGUAAAUAUGUUUACCUGCGACUUUGUAAAGUCUUUUGUUGCAUACAUUAGUUGAAUUGUAUACCUGGAGGUUAUACCUAAUAACCUAGGCAGUACAAGAAGGGACCAGCACACCUCUGGACGAACGUGCCAGCACACUUAACACUGACCUUUUGAUCUAAAUACCUAAAUCUAGCUAUAAUUCUAAUUGAAUAUUUUUAGCUAUACCCGCUACUAGGUAAUGUGAACUCAUAUUGGUUCAUGAAUCCUCUUUAGGUCACAGGGAGGACAUAUUAUACGGGUCGGCUCAACUUGACCAAGCACCGGUCAGCAAAGGGUCAAGUUGACCUCUGCCCCGGUAGCUGAGAUUUGAAUUCCUUUUCCUGCUGGCAUCCUCGAUUGAAACUUGCUGCUACGCACCUACUCCAAUACCACCUUGUCUGAUCCUGCUGUGUUUGUCCUAAGUUCAUUGUUUUGACCAAGGCUGCAGCUGUGACCUCUGUAACUUGCUAAAAGAAAGAUGGAUAUAGACACAAAAAAUCAGGGCAUGUUAAACAGCUGCUCUUACUAAUACAUUAAAAAUAUGUCUAUAACACAACUUUUGAAAAGGCUUAGAAGUCUUAAUGCUAUGAUCAAUGGCCUCUAAUCACCAUCCUAAUCAUGUGAAUGGCAUUGCUUGGGUAAACUUUGAGAGGGAAACUCUUCGUGCUGCAUCCUUCUUAAAUUACCCAAGUAGAGCAGUUAAACCAUCUACACUACUAACUGAAUCAGGAUUUGUCUAUAUUGGAAAUGGAAAGUCUGACAAGGUCAUUUGUUACUUCUGUUACUUUAUGAAAGAAAACUGGAAAGAAGAAGAAGAAAUACAUGUAGAACACAAAAGGGCUAGUCCUCAUUGCCCAAUGGUGACUAUUUUGGAAUCAAAUAAUGUAGCUUCAAUAGCUUUAGCAGAAAAUGUUACACCAGUACACAGUUUCAACCACCUUCAAGGAAAUGUAAAUAGAGCAUCUGACAAUUUUCAGAUUUCUGACAAUAGAAAUGGUUCAGGCAAUACCUCAAUACCUCCACCUCAAUUUGUGACAGCAUCUUCGUCAGAUGUACAUAACACAAUGUUGGGUACUGCAACCUACCCAAUUCCUCCAUUACUUUUAAACAGAAAUAUAAGUCGUUCUCCAGUCAAUCAGAAUUUGGAUAGCACUAGGCAACAUCCUAACAUUAAUUCUCAGAUCUAUUCUAUUCCAAGAAUGCCUUUGUCCGUUCCUCCUAAUAACAGUGAUACACAUGAUUCAUCAUCUGGAGAGUUAAAUCUUCAGAAUCUUGGAAUUUUUUAUGAAAGACCUAAAAAACCUGAGUUUGCAAUCCUGGCAAAGCGAGAAGAAUCAUUUGAAGGUUGGCCAAGUGAUUGUCCAGUUUCAAAAGAAAAAGUAGCGAAGGCUGGAAUAUAUUAUGAAGGUUAUGGUGACAGCGGAAAAUGUUUUUUUUGUGGUGGUGGCCUUAGGAAAUGGGAACAAGAUGAUGACCCAUUUAUUGAACAUGCUAGGUGGUAUCCAAAAUGUGGCUACAUUCGUCAGUACAUGGGGCAGAAAUUUGUUGAUGUUGUUCAAAAAAUCAAACUUGAAAACAGCAACAGGGUUACACGUGAACAAGUUCUUGAAAAAAUGCAUAAGGAUGACAUUGCAAUUACAAAUGAAAGCCCCAUAGAAAAUGACCCAGCAGUGAAGUCCGUACUUGAUGAGUUUAGGGAGUCACAGAUAUUCAGUAAAGAUGAAAUAAUUAAAGUGUCAAAGACUUUACGUAAGGAAGGUGUAACAUUAUCCGCUGAUGAAAUAUUUGCUAAACUAUCCAAUAAAAGUACACAUGUCAAACCUACCCCCAUGACUGGAGCUACUGCUGUUGGUGCUACCAAUAUUAAAGAAGAUGACAUAGUGCAUUUGAGAGAAGAGAACACGACACUUCGUAACAACUUAAUCUGCAAAAUCUGUAUGGAUAAGGAAGUGAGGAUAGUGUUUUUACCUUGCGGUCACUUGGUGUCAUGUCAGGAAUGUUCUGUGGCUUUCGUAGAUUGUCCAAUAUGUCGCAGUCACAUCAGAGCUUAUGUCAGAGCUUCUAUUAAAUAAUAAUAUACAUUUAUAUUCAUUUAUUUAUGUGCUUUAAAUGUUAACUUUUUGUUUUCAUUUUAUUAUUACAGAAAUAAAAAUUUGUUUUUAUAA